AUGUUUCUACGACGAUCCGGCGCACGCACUCUGGGUAUACGCAUGCUCUCCAUUCCUGUCGGCUCUCCCGUCUACCACUAUGAUAUUGAUUCUCACGGAGACCCCGUGGUAAAUGUCUACACAGACGGCUCCUGCAGGAACAACCAAAACCCAGAACUCGCCCAAGCCGGUGCUGCUGUGUUCUUUGGCGUCAAUGAUCCGCGAAACUAUGGGUUUGUGCUUACUGAAAAGCCCACCAAUAACAGAGCAGAGCUGAUUUCCGUGCGCGAGGCUACGCGGAUCAUUCUCAGUGACCUUAAGGAACACACGCACACAAAAUUCCAGAUCAUGACAGAUUCCAGGUACGUGAUCGGAUGUCUGACACAAUGGUACCACAGGUGGCAGUCCAACGGAUGGAGGAACAGAAAGGGCAAGUCAGUUGCGAACCAGGACGAAAUUCGAGCGAUUCUGGCCAACGUUCAAGCGAUAAAUACCCAGUACGCAAAUAUUGGAUGGGGACCGCUAUGCUUCAAGCACGUUUAUGGGCACAGUGGUAUUUAUGGCAACGAGAUGGCCGAUCAGCUAGCAACUGCAAGCAGUGGAAUUGCCUUGGCUAUACCCGAAGCCGUAGUGUCAGACACCAUUUAA